CAAUCAAAAACUUAAAAGAAAAAAGGCUCUUUUUUUUUCUCUGUCUCAGACAUUGUCUUGUAUUUCUGUCUCUAAGAUUAUUAGAUUUGAGAAAGAAGAAGACAUGGUGAUGAGAAGAGAUUUUUACUAUAUUCUGUUUGUUAUGGUUUCACUAGUUAUUGCAACAAUAUCUAUUGUUGAUGGGGCAGUUACAGUUCAACCAACAGGUCUCAAGCGUAAAUUUUAUAAGUUAAAUGGUCAGUGUCCAGAUGUUGAGGAAUAUGUCAAGCACCAAGUUAGGGAGCAUUGGAUUAGAGAUCGUUCCAUCACUGCUAAACUCCUUCGCUUGAGUUACUCUGAUUGCUUUGUAUUGGGUUGCGAUGGUUCAGUUCUCCUAGAUGGUCCAAACUCUGAAAAAAAAGCUAGACAAAAUGUAGCGUUAGGAGGAUUCGCAGUUAUCGAUACGAUAAAGUCUGUUCUAGAACACAGGUGCCCUGGAAAAGUAUCUUGUGCUGAUAUCCUUCAGCUUGCCACUAGAGAUGCACUUCGUCUGGCGGGAGCACCAUCGUAUCCUUUGAAAACGGGAAGAAGAGAUGGCCUGGUUUCAGAUAAAACAGCAGUGGACCUUCCAUCCCCUUCCAUUUCAUGGGAAGCUUCUCUCGCGUACUUCAGGUCCAAAGGUUUAGAUGUCUUGGAUAUGACCACCCUCCUAGGUGCACACACGAUGGGUUCAACACGGUGCAGUGUUAUCGCUGACCGCUUAUACAACUUCAAUAAUACAAGAAAACCAGAUCCGAACAUGGACAUAUCAUUGGUAAGAGAUAUGAGGAAGAUAUGUCCGGCCAGGAGGAAGAGAGGUCAAGCCGAUAAAGUCAUUCCUUUGAACCCAGAAAACACCAAAUACAGGUUCGACAACAAUUACUACACCAGGGUGUUAAACAAAAAAGCCAUUCUAGGGGUUGAUCAACAACUACUAUUUGGCCCCGAUACCAAUUUGAUUUCGGAGGAAUUCGCAAUUGGCUUUGAGGACUGGAGAAAAUCAUGGGCAUUGUCCAUGAAUAGAAUGGGAAGUAUCGGAGUCUUGACUGGAGAUCAAGGACAAAUACGUAAACAUUGCCGCUUCGUUAACAAUUAAUUUCAUUUUGCAUAAUAUUAGUGGGAAUACCAUGUAGCUUAUAUAUUGUACUAGUGUGUUAUUGUUCUCUCUGUAACAGUAGAGGUAAUAAUACUUACUAUUGAUUUAAGCAAUAAGUUUUCGUUAUUUGAUGUAAUUAUAUAAGGUAAAGAAAAGAUGAAAAAACAACUCCAUGAUUAUUAGGAUAAUGAGAAUUUUAGCUCAAAGAAAAAGAAAAUGUCCAGAUUGAUAUUUGAAUAAAUAAAA